CCUCGCCCAGCAUGUCGCUGCGGGCGCGCUCGCCGCCGCUGCCCCCACCACCACCCAACUCACCCUCGCCGCCGCCCCCCUACGACGCGCCACCCGCCUACUCCCCCGCGGUGUACACGGGUGUGCUCUCCCUCCCGCCGCGCCUGCUGCCCUUCGCGCCCGAGAUCUUGCGCGUGCCCGGCGGCGCGCUCCUCCCCCCCUCGCCGGAGACGAUCGUUGGGGUUAUCCAGAUGAUGGGCGCCCUCUCGGGCGCGCACGACCCCGAGACGCUCAUCGACAUGAUGGGGUGGCUCGAAGUUUUCGUGCCCCUCAUCCCGGGCGCGAUGCUCAAUCUCGGCAUAGACUUUUUCCGCGCACUCGCGGGCACCGAGCCGACCCAGUGAUUGGUCAACAACGCCAACCGAUUAGUUGGGAUGCAUG